AUGGCCAACAUCGCAACAGAUUCCAUCGGGUUCAUUGGCCUUGGGGCUAUGGGGAUGUGGAUGGCAGUCCACCUGGCAGAGAAACUUCCAGAAUCUACAAAACUGCAAGUCUACGAUAUCGUCCCUGCUCUUGUUGAGGAUCUUUAUUCGAAAUAUCCCCACAAGAUAACCAAAGCCUCCAGCCCAAAAGAUGUGGCUGGUAAAUCUGACAUUGUGAUCACGAUGCUACCCGAAGGGAAACAUGUGAAGACUGUUUACUUGGGAGCCAACGGGAUCUCUUCAGGAGAUAUCGAGGGUAAAUUAUUGAUCGAUUGCUCUACCAUCGACACAGCUAGCUUCCUUGAGGUAAAAGAGAAUAUCGAGAAGAAGUUUCGAAAGACUUUGCUAUACGAUGCACCCGUCAGUGGUGGUGUAAUCGGAGCAAAGAAAGGCACCAUUGCAUUUUUCCUUGGCUGCGCAGAAGACGACAAGGAAGAAAUCGAGCGACUCACCAGUCUUCUUUCUCUCAUGGGAGGCAAGAUUAUCCCAUGUGGUGGACCAUCACUCGGCCUAGCGGCCAAGUUAUCAAAUAAUUACCUUUCUGGCAUUAUUGCGAUUGCCUGCUCCGAGGCCAUGGAUAUGGGUAUGCGUUCCGGUCUUGAUCCGCGUGUUCUUGCAAAGGUGUAUGCUGCCGGUACUGCACAGAACGCAAUUUGCGAUCGAUUUUGUCCAGUGCCCGGCGUUUACCCGGAAGCGCCUUCUUCGAAUGGGUAUCGGGAUGGAUUCAAAGUUCAAUUGAUGAAAAAGGACUUCUCUCUGGCUCUGGAUAUGGCUCACCGGGUGGAGUCAAAUAAUGUCCUCGGCGAUGUGGGAUUAAGAACGUACGAAGGAGCUAGCAAGGAUGCGCGAUGUAGAGACCUAGACUCUAGAGUUGUCUUUCGUUACCUAGGUGGCAAUGAGAACUGGGAGACUGAGGAGAAGGUGGAAGGUGCCUAG